CCGGAGAGGCGGGGACCGCUCGGUUCCGCCCCGUGGUUGCCAGGCGACUCCCCGACGCGGCCGGCCUGGGAGGCGUUGACACAAGCGGCCCGCAGAGCGCAGCUUCUCGGUCCAGCCCCUGGCCAUGGCUUCGCUACGCUGCGCCAACCCCAAGCUGAGGAACUACUUCAAGGACAACUACAUCCCUCAGAUCUGUGAGGCGCUGCUGUGUGGGUUACUUGUGACAUGUCCUGAAGAUCCGCUGAGGUAUUUAGAGAAAAUGAUCAUAAUUAUCAUUCAGAAUGGCCUGGAAAACCUUCUUUGGGACAUGUGCAUUGAUCCAUCACUGAAACCAAAAAUUCGAAGACUUUCUGAAACUUACUUGGAACAACUUUUUGGACUGGAUGAUCAGCUGGUGACUCCAGAGUUGAUGAUAAAAGCAUGCACAUUUUACACUGGACAUUUAGUAAAGAGCCAUUUUGGUGGUUGGAGGGAAGUCGCAAUACCUCGUGUAAAUCAAGAGGCUAUCCAGGCUGAAAAAAUGAACAGAGCAAUAACACAUUACAAUUUUAAAUGUCAAAAAAAAUGUUUUACUCACUGGUCCUUUUAUGUGAAAAGCACUAAAGAAAGGCUUAUAGCUUCACUGUUUCGGUUACGACAGAUGUUCUUCCUCCAAAGGCAAAGAAUUGUGCUAGCAAAAUGGAAGGAGAAAGCCAGACUCAAAUGCAAAAUGAGAGAAGACGACUUGAUUUUAAAACAUGAACUUCAGUUGAAGAAAUGGAAAUAUAGGGUGAAAUCCAAAGAAACUGAGGGAAAACCCCUUAGCCAUGAGCGGAGUUCCUCUGACACUGCUGUCACGAUUGUGCCUUUAGAAUUUGACAUCUCUGCAUUACCAGAACGAGCAAUAAUGCAGAUUUUCUCGUACCUCAGUUUUAGAGAUACGAUCACAUGUGGUCAAGUCAACCGCUCCUGGAUGGCAAUGACACAGAGAGGCUUCCUGUGGAAUGCUAUUGAUUUUUCUACAACAAAAAACAUUGCAGAUAAAUGUGUAGUGACCACUUUGCAAAAGUGGCGUCUAACUGUGCUGCGCCUGAACUUUCGAGGCUGUCUCUUCCGAACAAAAACUUUGAGAGCUGUCAGCCACUGUAAAAACCUGCAGGAGUUGAACGUCUCAGACUGCCAGUCUCUCACGGAUGAAUCAAUGAGACACAUCUCCGAAGGCUGUCCCGGGGUCUUGUAUCUCAAUCUGUCCAACACGACUAUCACCAACAGGACUAUGCGGCUCCUGCCCAGGUACUUCCACAAUUUACAGAAUCUCAGCCUGGCUUACUGCCGAAAGUUCACGGACAAAGGCUUACAGUACCUGAACUUGGGGAACGGAUGCCACAAGCUCAUCUAUCUGGACCUUUCGGGCUGCACCCAGAUCUCAGUGCAAGGCUUCAGGAACAUCGCAAGCAGCUGCACAGGAAUCAUGCACCUGACCAUCAACGACAUGCCAACCCUGACCGACAACUGUGUAAAAGUCUUGGUUGAGAAGUGUCCCCAUAUUUCCACGGUGGUUUUCAUUGGCUCACCACACAUCUCUGACUGUGCUUUCAAAGCUCUUUCUUCCUGUAACCUCAGAAAGAUCCGAUUUGAAGGAAACAAAAGGAUUACUGAUGCGUGCUUCAAAUAUAUAGACAAGAAUUACCCAGGUAUCAGUCACAUCUACAUGGUGGACUGCAAGGCACUAACGGACAGCAGCCUCAAGUCACUUUCAGUUUUGAAGCAAUUGACCGUGUUGAACUUGACCAAUUGCAUAAGGAUUAGUGAUAUUGGCCUGAGGCAAUUUCUUGAUGGUCCUGCGAGUGUGAGGAUAAGAGAGCUCAAUUUGACUAACUGCUCCCUCCUGGGCGACGUCUCCGUUGUGAGACUAUCAGAGCGCUGCCCUAAUUUACACUAUUUGAGUUUACGAAAUUGUGAACAUUUAACUGACCUGGCAAUUGAAUAUAUUGCAAGCAUGCUAUCCUUGAUAUCAAUAGAUCUUUCUGGAACAUCCAUCUCAAAUGAGAAUCCAGUCUUUUAAACCUUAAAAGCCCAGGACCAUCCCACACGCCAUGUUCUUCUGUAUGAAGUCUCCCCUUGGCACCUGAGUAGAGUGACCAGCUGUUGUCCUCAGGGUCACGGGGUAACACGGAGAAGAGGACGGGGCACGGAUCCAGCAUCUCUGUCUGCUGCAGUGCUUACCCCACGCUCGCCCACGUGCCAGGAAAGGUCUGCUAAGUGGAGCACAGUACAGUGACUGAGUGGGUUUUUAGCAUUUAGGGGGAACUCAGUUUCCAGAGAGCAAGUGAAAAACUUAGGGAUGUGGUCUCAAGUUCUGUUCUCUGUAUUUUUAUUAUCCCCUGAAGAAAGCCUGUCAUUUGAGAGCUAUAGAGACCCAUGUGCCAAACUAAAGAUAGCACUAAAUGCUUGAAAAUCUCCUGAAGGUUUUUUCCUUCCUUUGUGUCAGACUCUCAUCUAAGAGGCUAGUGAUUGACACGGACAGUGGUACAGCAGCUGUGGGAGCUAACCUCAGGCAAUCUCAAGUGAGUCACGGCACCACCCUCUGUCAGAGCAGCUGAACUCUGUCCUGAACUGCAGGUCUGAUGAAGCGCAAAUCUGACUGCAGACUAAACACUCAGAAUUUAAAUUCUGGAAUAUUACAGAUAGUCAUCAGAGAGGAAAUUAACCAGUUGUGCCUUUGGGCAAAGUUCGUUUUCUAGUAAUAUGUCCAUUUUAAAUUCUUCUCAGUAAGUUUUCAGGUAGAAUCGCACCAUUGCUCAGUUUACAUGUAUUUGUUCUGACUUUUGUGUCUGGUGCUGGGCAGCCCUGGCCCUUCCUCCUGGCCCUUACAUUGUGUGGGGCCGUGCUGUAAGGCUCACAGGGCAUGGACAGCCAGGGUAGAGCAGCCUCCUUGGGCCUUAGUUUCUAAGCAGAGGAGAGGGGUGUGAGUGCUCAGAGAGGCCAGCUCCAGGCCAUCGAGGGUCAGCUUGUGGUGGCAUCAGGACAGCUGCACAUGUGACUACGGCUUGAUUUGAGGAGAAUAUUGAGGGGCGCUGUGUAUGGAGCAGGCAGGGACCAGGUAUCUCUAGACAUCUUUAAUCAUCUAUAUUUGUAAACAUCUAACAAAAUUAUGUCCUUGAUUCAACUUGGACUACUUGGAUAUAGCUUUACUCCAUGUAUAUAACAAGGUUUUCUGCUAGUUAAAAGAGCUGCAAUUUACUAAAGACCCAUAAUUAGGGCAGUUAAGAGCUCCAGCAACCUUAGUCACUAGCAUAUCUGUUGUUUAGAGGAAAAAUGAGUCAGGACAGUGUCCAGACGACUCCUUAGACAGUGGUUUAUGAAGACUCUUUCAUUUGCACAAAUUGAAAACUUUUCUGAUGAGUCCUGGACAGUGAGUGGUUUUCUGGUAGGAAAUCUGCUGGAGUCCCCACACUGGCUGAGAGAUCCCCAGGACCCAGAAUUGGUUCCUUCCACUGCUGUUUCCUAGAAGCCCCUUGACACAUGGAGCGAAGGACAAACGGCUGACAACGUGGUUCCUAGCAGCUCUGCAGCUUCUGUUGAAAGGGGAGAUGUGGAAUAUUUGAUGCAGGGUAGCAGACAGGCACAAUGACGUCCUAAUUUGGCCUGCCCAGCACUGUGAGCUUGUUCAAGGCCCUCCAUGCAGCUUAGUCUUGCUGGAAUGCACGGCGGGCGGGCGACAGGGAUGUUGAAGGCAAGUUAGUGCUGAGCUGAGAAGUGCAGACUUGAACCAGUGACAGUGUUCACUUGGCGCAGCCACAGUUCCCCGUGCUAAGUGACACCUUGGGAAGCUGGAAGGUGCAGUCUUAAUUACUGUUCCAUUGCUGUGAAGAGACACCAAGACCAGGGUACUCUUGUAAAAUGUUUAAUUAGGGCUGGCUUACAGUUCAGGGUUUAGUCCAAUGUCGUCAUGGUGGGAUGACCACACAUGGUGCUGGAGCAGGAGCUGAGAGCAGGGUCUGCACACGUGCGCCUGGAUGCAGGAUCUGCUCACAUGUGCCUGGAUGCGGGGUCUGCACACGUGCGCCUGGAUGCGGGAUCUGCUCACAUGUGCCUGGAUGCGGGGGUCUGCACACGUGCGCCUGGAUGCGGGAUCUGCUCACGUGCGCCUGGAUGCGGGAUCUGCACACGUGCGCCUGGAUGCGGGAUCUGCUCACAUGCGCCUGGGUGCGGGAUCUGCUCACAUGCACCUGGGUACUCCUCCUUCCAUUCUGCAUGUUCCUGUGUAUGCAAUUAGGGGAUCUGGACAGAGCUAGAUUGCCUGCUAAUAUAGUGGGAUAAUUUUUCUUUAGUAAGCAUUUGCCAUACUGUCCAUAAUGAUCAGGAAAUCACUUUUCUAUGUAGAUCAUUUCUAGACAAUAUCAAACGGGUUUUUAUGUGUCUUCCCUUCCCUCCCUCCCUC